AUUACUCAUCCCCCUUAUCUGUGUAUCUCACUCACAGAAACAGAAACACGCAGAGACGUUGAGAGGGGGUUUAGCCCUGCCUCUUUCAUGCUUACACACCCUCUUGCUCUCGCUCUCCCUCUCCGUCUCUCUUCACGCACACAUAUUAGUCGCAGCAGCAGUGAGCAGAGGAAGCCAGAGCGAGAGAGCCUCCACCGCGACCAGAGAGCGGCUCAUUGCGUGCAGCCGAGCCGUGAUGAGGCGGUCAGCGGGAGUCUGUACCGCCGGGGAUGAGGAGGAGGCUGGGUAGGAGAGGGAGAAAAGGCUUUGUUCUAAUUAAAUGUCUCUCGCUCUCUGUCUGCAUCAUGCUGUACUUCCAGCUGGUGAUCAUGGCCGGGACCGUCAUGCUGGCCUACUACUUCGAGUACACCGACACCUUCAGCGUGCAUGUGCAGGGCUUUUUCUGCUACGACACCACGUACACAAAACCGUACCUGGGACCGGAGGACAGCAGCGCCAUCCCGCCCGUCCUGCUCUACGCCCUGGUGGCCGGGCUGCCCACACUGCUGAUCACAAUAACGGAGACGGUGCUGUUCCUCGUCCAGUACACGUCCAAAGAGUUUGACCGCUCAGAGAAGACAGUGGCCACCGGGGACUGCUGUUACCUCAACCCGCUGGUGCGCAGGACCUUCCGCUUCCUUGGAGUCUACACCUUCGGCCUCUUCACCGUUGACAUCUUUGUCAAUGCAGGCCAGGUGGUGACGGGGAACCUGGCGCCCUACUUCCUGACGGUCUGUAAGCCCAACUACACAGCGCUGGGCUGCCUACAGGCCCUGCGCUACAUCAGCCACCAAGAGGCCUGCACUGGAAACCAGGACGACAUCCUGCGAGCCCGCAAGACCUUCCCCUCCAAGGAGGCUGCACUGAGCGUCUAUGCCGCUCUCUACCUGGCUAUGUAUGUGACGUGCACGGUGCGGGCGAAGGGCACGCGGCUGGCCAAGCCUGUGCUGUCUCUCGGGCUCAUGUGUCUGGCUUUUCUCACCGGUCUGAACCGCGUGGCUGAAUACCGAAACCACUGGUCGGACGUCAUCGCCGGCUUCAUCAUCGGCACUGCCAUCGCCACGUUCCUGGUGGUGUGUGUGGUUCAUAACUUCAAAGGCAAGUUACUGCUGAGUGAAGAGUCCCCUACGGAGCAGCGGCCCAACACAGCCAUGCUGAACCUGGGCCGGAUGGAGAGUCCUUUGGAGAAGUACAUCGCCUCACAGAAUCACAUCGCCUUCGCUGAGGUCACAUGACGUGGAGUCGGCCGUGUGGCAGACCCAUUGGACGUCCACGCUCUUCACCGUCCAAUCAAAUUAACCGGAGCGCAUUGCUAAACACAUUGUGUGUGUGUGUGUGUGUGUGUGUGUGUGUGUGUGUGUGUGUGUGUGUCAGCUGUAUGUUUUUCUGUGCUGUCUUUAUCAGGCCCUGCUGUCAUUUGCAGCUUCUUGUAUUCAAGGUGAAAGAAAGAAGAGUCAGUGACUUCUGCUUUCUCCAUCUAUGCACUUAUUCUGAAUUCUUGUUUGUGGGACAGUAAAGGAAUAAGCUCUGCUGAGGUCAAAUAUGUUGUCAUGUGUUGUCACAUGAGAUGCAUCAGAACAUCCAGAGGACUGCUACGAACAUCACGGUACGACUUUGACAGCUGGGCCCGUAUUUAUCAAACUAAUUCACUAAAGAUCAUGUGCUCACACACAUAAGAAUGAGAGCCGUUUACUCAAGUCUUUAGACUUGAAAUACUCUUUGAGAGUAGCAUCUUAGGGUCUGAGAUGGACGUGGUACAGAGACUAGUUGUGGACUUGCCACCCUUCAUCAAGUGUACGACUUAAAGUUCUUCUUGGAUCUUUGAUAAAUAUGGGCUCAGGUCAAAGUAACAAAUCAGGAAAAGUGCAAAACCUUCUGUCUUUGUGUUCAUACGUCAUACUCCUGACAUCUCUAUGAGGUUUCGUGUGUGUGUGUGUGUGUGUGUGUGUGUGUGUGUGUGUGUGUGUGUGUGUGCAGUAUUCCAACCAAUGAAAACACUAUACACUCUUAAUUCUGCAGCAGACAAUCACCACCUCACUCUCUUUCCUUUUGAUCUCCUGUUCCUUGUAGUUAGUGUAGUGUAUGUGUCCCACAGGAGGGGGGGCAUGGUGAAAACAGCACACAGUCUCUGCAACCUCUGGUCAAAAGAAUGCAAUUAGGUUUGUUUUAUUCAUGUGAAAGCUAAAAAAUACAAAGGUCAGCCUGACUCACAGGCCAAACUGAGAUUUUAUUGUAUGCAUUUAUUACAUAUUGUAUUAGUCACACAUCGUCUUGUUUCACUUCUGAUGUUUUCUGUUCUGUCUAAUCAGGUUACAGUGAUUGCAGUUGAGAUUUCUCUGACAAAGUGUUUAUUCAGGGCCUGUAUCUUCAGUAUGAAGCAGACUGCUCUGCACAACAUUAAACAUGAGAGGAUCCUCUUCACACAUAACACGUAGGUGUUUGCUUCUUCCCCAGAUUCAGAUGAGAGGAUUUGUUUUAUUAUUAUUAUUAUUAUUAUUAUUAUUAUUAUUAUUAUUAUAGUGUUACCUCUGUGUACAGUACGGAUGAAGACAAAGACUGGACACAGAGGAACCUUUUUAAUGUUGUGUGUUAUGUUUUAAGAUCUAAGGAUACAUGACCAGCUAUGUUAUCAUGUUACUCUGGGUAACACAGCAAAGUAAACAUACUUCACAUUAAAAUAAUGAAAUAAUAUGAAAGGUUCUGGCUGAAUCAACCUUUGGAUUCGAUAAAUCACUUGAACCUGCAUUCAUUCAUAUUUUUGGCGAGUAAGCCCAGUUUGUGACUCUUAUGUACUACAACUAAAUGAUAUACUGUUUGUGUGUGUGUGUACAGUAUAUACAUGUCACUAUUGUUUUAGGUUUUCAUUACAAUAAUGUGUAUAUUCAGCAGCAUGGUGAGGUGACAGGUCAGGGGCAGAAGGAGAUUGAGGUCACCAUGUUUAUAGUUUGUUACGGUCUGACCUCUCUGGUGUGCCCUGUGGUGAAUCCUCCAGUAACACAUACAUAAAUCUAAUGUAUUUCAUUAGUUUAUCUCUUGCUUUACGUUCACAAACCACAAACUCCCUGAUUUUUGAAUGAAGACUGUUUAACAUCCAUCCAUCGUCUACCACUUAUCCGGGGUCGGGUCGCGGGGGCAGCAGCUCCAGUAAGGAACUCCAAACUUUUCCGGGCCACAUCCUCCAGCUCCGACUGGGGGAUCCCGAGGCGUU